ACAUUCACUCUCCCAUCAUCCCCAACCGUCACACACUCUCCCCCCUCCCUCCAAUCCACACCCUCCACGCGUCCCACAUGAAACCUCUCCCCCUCCGCCGCGUAAACCUCUCCAAUCACACCUCCUUCCACCAAAUCAACCAUCAGUACAUGGACCGAGCCGGAUGAUGUGGCAGCCGAGACCAUAGGCUUGAAGGAUCCGCCGCCAACGACUUCGAGCGACGAAACGCGUGAAGGCGAAGUCCACGAGGAUAGCGACACGACCGAGGGGCUAUUGUUCGGGUUCGGGUCGAGAGAUUGGAUCUCGAUCGACGAAGAUUCGGACUCCGGGUCGUGGUAGGCUGCCGCGAAGAAACGGUUCAAGGCGGAGGCUUGUGGGAGCCAUCUGACUCCGUCUACGUACUUCGAUUGGGGUAAUCUGUGGAUCUGUAACGAAUCGUGCAUCUCCAUGGCUACAGAGAGGUUUCUUAAGGGUUUAGGAGCAAUGAAAUGAACUCUGGUGGGAAUGUUGGAAGAAGGACUCUGUGUAUUUAGUAUUCGGUUUGGUUCGGUUCGAUUGUUUCGGUCGAGAAUAAAAUUUUACAAAUGGGAGAGAAAUUUGGUUCGGAUUAGUUCGUGUAGGUUCCAUUCCGUUUGAUUCCAGUUGGAUUAAGAUAUUUUGGAUAUAAAAAUACACAUUUUUGGAUACUGGGAAAUUUGGUUCGGUUUGGUUUCAAUUUAAUUCGGAUAUUUGAGAUAAAAAAAAAUAUACAUUUUCGGAUAGUGGAAAGGUUCGGUUCGGUUCGGUUUAAUUAUAAUUUAUAAAAAUACACAUUUUUGGAUAUUGGGAAGUUUCGUUUCGGUUUGAUUUCAAUUUAGUUCGGAUAUUUUAGAUAUAAAAAUAUACAUUUUCGGAUAUUGGGAAGUUUUGGUUCAGUUUGAUUCCAAUUUAAUUCGGAUAUUUUAGAUAUAAAAAUAUACACUUUAGGAUGCUGGGAAGUUUCGGUUCGGUUUUGGAUUUUUGGUUAGACUCGGUUUUCUUGGAUUUUGGUAAACGUUUAGGCCUCAGAAAUGAAUUUACCUAAGUACCCUCAUUCUUUUACUGUUAUUACAAUAACAGUAUUGCCCCUUAUCACCAUGUAUGCUGAGAAUCUUUGGUUUCAGGGGAAGUGAAAAUGCUGACCUUACAAGUACAACACUGUAGCUUCAUCUGUCCUAACGACAAAGUUCGAAGCUUUGAUAAUGUCUUCGUGAAAACUGGCGGCGGAUUAGUCACUGUAGUGGCGAAAAAGAGAGGCUUGCCGGAGAAAGCAAACGAGAAACGACCUUUCUUGCAGAUCAAAGUCCCCAACACAAUCCUUGCUCGAUCUGCAAUCGCUGUUCUUGGUUUGGGAUUCAUUGAUGCUGGGUAUAGUGGUGAUUGGUCAAGAAUAGGUGUGCUCUCAAAAGAAACAGAAGAGCUGCUCAAGCUUGCUGCUUUUCUUGUUGUCCCUCUCUGUAUCUUUCUUGGCCUUUCAUUCUCCGAUGAAUCAUCUGAUUAGAGGAAUGUGACAGUUUGUUUACUUUGAAUAUUCUGUGUAGUAGCACACUGUGACAGUUCGUUUUACUUUGAAAUAUUCUUGGUAAAUGAAAAAAUCAUUUAUAACA